GAUGUCGCCUGACCGGAUGAUAGCGAGAAGUUUUGUUUUGUGAGUUUACGAAUGAUUGACCCUCAGAUCAGUAAAAGGCUCUUAAUGUGUGCUCUUUAAUACGCGAUAUAUGACCGUCGACUAAUGUUUUAUAAAUUAUUUGUUUGUGACAGACUGAACUGAAAGUGUUUGAAGGGUGGAAACUGAACAGUUGUAAGUAACCCGAGCGCCUUGUUGCUGUGAGCCCGUUCCUGCGCGCGGAGAGACGGUCAGAAACCAUGGGCAACCGGGGGAUGGAGGAUUUGAUCCCCCUGAUCAAUAAACUUCAGGAUGCUUUCAGUUCCAUCGGCCAAAGCUGUAACUUAGAUCUACCGCAAAUAGCCGUGGUUGGAGGACAGAGUGCCGGAAAAAGCUCCGUGCUGGAAAAUUUCGUCGGCAGGGAUUUUCUUCCCCGUGGCUCGGGCAUCGUCACCCGCAGGCCUCUCAUCCUGCAGCUAGUUAACAACAAAGCGGAAUAUGCCGAGUUCUUACACUGCAAAGGGAAGAAGUUUGUCGACUUCGAUGAGGUCCGGCAGGAAAUCGAAGCGGAGACGGACAGGAUAACCGGGUCUAAUAAGGGCAUCUCUCCUGUUCCCAUCAACCUGAGAGUUUACUCUCCACAUGUAUUGAAUUUGACUCUCAUCGAUUUGCCCGGGAUGACCAAGAUCGCUGUAGGCGACCAGCCGGCAGACAUCGAGCACCAGAUUCGAGACAUGAUCAUGCAGUUUAUCACUAGGGAGAGCUGUCUGAUUCUAGCCGUCACUCCGGCCAACACUGACCUGGCCAACUCGGAUGCCCUCAAGGUGGCUAAAGAGGUAGACCCUCAAGGGCUGCGUACCAUUGGUGUGAUCACUAAACUGGAUCUUAUGGACGAGGGCACGGACGCCCGGGACAUCCUGGAAAAUAAACUCCUGCCGCUGCGCAGAGGUUAUAUUGGCGUGGUGAACAGGAGUCAGAAGGAUAUAGAUGGCAGGAAAGAUAUUCGGGCUGCGCUGGCAGCAGAGAGGAAAUUCUUCCUGUCCCAUCCAAGUUACAGACACAUGGCUGAGAAGAUGGGAACAUCACACCUGCAAAAGACCCUCAACCAGCAAUUGACCAACCACAUACGAGACACGUUGCCCGGCUUGCGCAGCAAACUCCAAUCCCAACUCCUGUCUCUGGAGAAGGAGGUAGAAGAGUAUAAGAACUUCCGCCCAGACGACCCGACACGGAAGACCAAGGCUUUGCUACAGAUGGUCCAACAAUUUGGAGUAGACUUCGAGAAACGCAUCGAGGGUUCCGGAGACCAGGUGGAUACGGCCGAGCUGUCCGGAGGAGCCAGGAUCAACCGAAUUUUCCAUGAACGCUUCCCGUUCGAGUUGGUCAAGAUUGUGUUUGAUGAGAAGGAGCUUCGGCGAGAAAUCAGUCACGCCAUUAAAAACGUCCAUGGUGUCAGAACGGGGUUGUUCACCCCUGACCUUGCUUUUGAGACUAUUGUGAAAAAACAGAUCCGCAAACUGAAAGAGCCCAGCCUGAAAUGUGUGGACCUGGUGGUGUCCGAACUCACCACCCUCGUCAGGAAGUGUUCCAACAAGCUGGGCUCUUUCCCCAGACUGCGAGAAGAGACAGAGAGGAUUGUCACUACUUACGUCAGAGAGAGAGAAGGCAAGACCAAGGACCAGGUUCUUCUGCUGAUCGACGUCGAGCUGUCUUACAUCAACACCAACCAUGAGGACUUCAUUGGAUUCGCAAAUGCCCAGCAGAGGAACACUGUCAGCAAGAAGAGGGCCGUUCCCAACCAGGGUGAAAUACUGGUGAUCCGUAAAGGUUGGCUAACCCUCAACAUCAGCAUCAUGAAGGGAGGCUCCAAGGACUAUUGGUUCGUCCUUACGGCUGAAUCUCUGUCCUGGUACAAGGAUGAAGAGGAAAAAGAGAAGAAAUACAUGCUUCCUCUGGAUAACCUGAAGCUCAGAGACGUGGAGAAAGGCUUUAUGUCCACUAAGCACAUUUUUGCUAUCUUCAACACCGAGCAAAGGAACGUGUAUAAGGACUUGCGUCAGAUCGACCUGGCCUGUGACGCGCAGGAGGACAUGGAUAGCUGGAAAGCCUCUUUUCUCAGAGCGGGCGUUUAUCCUGAGAAAGAUCAGGUGGAGCCUGAAGAUGCUGCGCCAGCAGACAGCUUCUCCAUGGACCCUCAGCUGGAGAGGCAGGUAGAGACCAUCCGUAACCUGGUGGACUCCUACAUUGGUAUUGUCAACAAGACCAUCAGAGACCUCAUGCCCAAGACUAUCAUGCAUCUCAUGAUCAACAACGCUAAAGACUUCAUCCAUUCCGAGCUGCUGGCGUAUCUGUACUCAUCAGGAGAUCAGAACAGCCUGAUGGAGGAGUCUGCAGACCAGGCCCAGCGCAGAGAAGAGAUGCUGCGCAUGUACCACGCCAUCAAAGAGGCCCUCAGCCUCAUCGGUGACAUAAGCACCAGCACCGUGUCCACACCCGUGCCUCCGCCUGUGAACGACACCUGGGUUCCUGAGACGAGCCCCACCCCCCAGCGCAGACCGGCUACAUCUGCCCCGCCCCCCAGCAGGCCCCCAGCAGUGCGAGGAUCAGCACCAGGCCCGCCUCCUCUUAACCCCACCCCUCUAUUUGGAGCACCACCCAUUCCUUCUCGGCCAGGCCAGCCUAUGAAUGCCUUCGGCAACAGCAACCAGGAUCCUUUCAGCGCACCUCCUCAGAUCCCCUCCCGGCCGGCACGUAUUCCCCCGGGCAUCCCCAGCAGAAGACCCCCUGGCGCUCCUAACCGGCCCACCAUUAUCCGCCCCGCCGAGCCCUCCCUGCUAGACUAGACCUGUGCGCUGGGCACCGUAUUGUGCUGGCUGACAGAAAGAGAGAGCGGGGGGCUGGAGAGCUGCACUGAAAUAUGUGCUCGUGUCUACACACACAGCCUGACCAAUAGACCUUAAUAAUCCACUCAGACUGUUCUGGGAUCAGCGCUGCGAAUGACAUCUGUAGUUUCUAAUGCCCAGAGCUCUAAAUUAAGCACAUACAUAUUAAAACAGUCAUUAUUAUUAUUAGUACAUGGGAAAGGUGAGCCAAGGGCCUGUCAUUUUUCUGUGUCAUGUCAUCUUUCAGGUGACCACCAGGGGGUGUCCUACUCAACUCGUGUAGCUGAAACAACAUUAGGUCUGGUUUUCUAUCUGGUGGAGAUAUGUUCCUUCUCUCUGACUAGCGAUUUAAUGUGGGAUAAAUUGUAUAAAAGCACUGUGCAAGCUAGUUGGUGUUCAAACUGGCCUGUUUUUUUCCUGUUCUUGAGUAACUUAAGGGUGGUUGAAGACCUCUUGCAUUAGACACACUCAUUGUGGGGGGUUUGUGUUUUCUUUACUCUUUAACUUUUGGUUAUUCUUAUUGCUAUUAUUUGGGUUGAUUUUGAUCUCAUUUUGUUCUCUUGAUAUACUGAUUUACAUGUGAAUUGAUGCUCUCCAGAACGGCGACUGUUCAUUAUGUACAAAUGCGAGCAAACAUUCAGAAAUGCCACGAAAACGUCGUUGCGUCCGGGAAAAUGUUUCUGUAAAGCACAUCUAGUAUACUGGCUCUGGAAUUUCACAGAUAGCUGGAGGUGCAAAUAUCUGUAAUGAUUUGUUUAUACGAUAAAUAAAAAAAGACGUGUAUAUGAAUAUAAUCCUGUAACCACUUGUAAAAUAGCGUCUCAGGUAACAUCCGACUCUGAAUUCGGUAACCUAGUUUACGCGAGCGUAACGGCAUGGUAUCGUAGAUUUAACCUCAAUUCGUCCGCAAGGCCUUAUGGGUGAUAUUCAUUACACGUUCAGGGACGGCGACCGGGGGAGAAUUAUAAAAGUGAGCUAACCGUCAGAAAGUGGGAAUGCACUGAAUGUUAACUUGGGCGACUGAACCACAGGAUCACUGAAUAUGGCACAUGCAGGUGUGUUUGCGGACGUGAUGUCUUUGGAAACCGAAACGCGUGACGAAUCUGUUCUCACCUACACGACACGGGAAACUAUGAGAGCGCUGAACUUUUAAUGUAGAGAUCAUACUAGCUGUACUAACACAUUGGGGCGGCUUGGGGAGUAGGGUGAGUACAUUAUUUAUAACCUGAUAAUGGUGUUGAUUUGUGUUUUUCAUGAGCUCUGCUUCUCCUUUUUGGGUCUAGAACCACAGACACUUCCCUUUUAAAAGAUUGAGUAAUCGCCUGUAUUAACAAAGGUUGAGAUUGUUGGUCGUAUGUAGUUCAGAGCGAGGUUCCCAUUGAUCCAGCGUUUGCUUUUUAUCGCCCAACACGUUUUAUUUUGUUUUCUUGAUCCUUACAUGGAUUCGGUGUUGGCGGAAAGCGACUUUAUGGCUUCAGCCUUCUGUCCAGAGAGUCUGUAAAUAAUCGAGGCCCAUUAAACCGCUUUCAAAAACGGCCGCGGUUGUAAACUGGAUCUCAAAAUGAUGUCGUUUUUCUGGACAGAACGCUUAAGUGCAUUCUUGUGUCUUAUGGCUGCAGUGAUGGCAACCGCAUCUCCACGAUCCAGUCGGUUCGACCAUUUGAAAGCUUGAAAUGUACACGUUUAUACCUUUAAUAUAUUCAAACAUCUCUUUAUCUCAUUGACCAGAUGAAGCCGGAAUCACUGCAGCCGUAUCCUCCGUUGACACUCUGUAGUCUGACCCCCGUCUCCCAUUCAUCCAUUCAUAUUUGUAUGGAGUGGGAGACCGAGGACAUAUUUCGCAUUUCUUUUGUAUGCUUUUGGAAGAAUGAAUCACUGUCAAGUGCCUGUGUAGCGAUGUUAAGGACCUGGAGCAGAAUGAGAAUGCUGAAGUGAGAUAAUAAAAGGUGUUGUGGAUCAGAAAGA